AUGGCGGUUGAUAACGAACCAGCUUCUAGCGCGGAUGCGCGGGAAGUCGUGGCGGAGCUGCGCCAACGGCUGCUCGACCGCGCGCUGCCCAUAGAGCAGCGCAUCCGCGCGCUCUUCUCUUUGCGCAACCUCAAGGGGGAAGCUCCGCAGCAGGCACUUAUAGAAGGCAUGGAGGAAAAGUCGGUGUUAUUGGCCCACGAGGCAGCAUUUGCUCUCGGGCAGAUGGGUGAUGUUUUUGCGGUGCCUGCGCUCACUCGGGUGCUUAAGGACUCGUCGUACCAUCCCAUUGUUCGACACGAGGCAGCAGAGGCUCUGGGCGCCGUUGGUGAAGCCUCCUCCCUCCCUCUUCUCCAAGCCUAUCUCGCCGACCCUGCGCCCGAGGUUCGGGAGACAUGCCAGCUGGCGGUUCGGCGGCUACAGGACAGCCUAGCUGCAGCGGAGGAGGGGGAAAAGGGGGAGAGGAAGGGGGAGGGGGGAGCAGAGGAGGAGAAGGGGAAGGGGGAGAAGGGGGAGGGGGAGAAUGAGGGUGAGGUGCAAGGGGAGGGAGAGGGGAAGCGGUUUUUGUCUGUUGAUCCUGCUGGGAGUGCACCCAAGAACGCGAGCACAGAGGAACUCAGGAAGCUUCUUCUGCAAGAAGACGCAGACAUUCUCGGAACACGCGAGACCGUCAAAGCUGCGACAGACCCAGCUCAAGUGGCCGCUCUUCACACCAUAGCAUCGACCCUCGCCUCCUCCAACCCCUUCUUCCACGCCUGGUCUGGAAAUGACCCUUGCGUCGCCGUUGCUCCUGGUGGUGGUGGUGGCGGUGGUGGCGGUGGUGGUGGUGCUGCUGCUGGUCCCAGCAGCAAGGGCUGGCAGGGGGUUACCUGUGAGAGUGACGGUUCGGGCAACCAUGUGGUUACAGCGCUGACACUGCAAGGGUUGGGACUUUCCGGGCAGCUUCCGCCAGCUCUCUUCGAGCUAACGGCACUCAAAAGCCUGGACAUAUCUCUCAACCCAGCGCUCACAGGCAGCAUAUACAGCACCAUCAGCGCUCUUUCAGAACUCUCCAUGCUGGACAUGCACGGAUGCAACCUGUCAGGAUCCAUACCUUCAACCAUCAGCCUCUUAAGAAAGCUCAACUUCUUUGCUGUCAACAGCAACCAGCUCUCUGGCAGCAUCCCUAGACAGGUGGCGAAUCUAACCAGCCUCUAUUUCUUUGACAUCACAGACAACAACAUCUCAGGGCCUGUGCCCGUCCAACCGGGAUUCGACACGUGUACCAGCAUCGGCCACCUUCACCUGAGUCGCAACCAGCUAACAUACGUUCCAGGGGAACUGGGACGCCUCCCAAACCUCAUCCACCUCCUAGUGGACAACAACCGACUCAACCAGACCUUUCCGGCAGGCCUCAGUGGUUCCACCAGCCUGCAGAUCAUCCAUCUGAGCAACAACACCGUUCAGGGCCGGCUUCCUCCGUCGCUCAACCUCCCAGCACUGCAAGACCUGUCGAUGCACAACUGCUCCAUGCAGCCCCAACCACUGCCGCCUUUGACAGGCCUCCCAUCACUCUGCUACCUGGAUUUGAGUCGCAACAACUUCCACGGCCCCCUGCCCCUUGCUCUCUUCACCACACACCCUGACCUGGUAACCCUCAAUCUCGCCCUGAACCAUCUCAAUGGCAACCUCCCUCCCGGGCUGCCAUCAGCCAACCUCACACGCCUCCACUCCAUUAUGCUAUCAGACAACAACCUGACGGGCCCUGUGCCUCCUCUAGACAUGCUCCCUGCCAUCGCCACCAUCUCCCUCUUCGAUAACCACUUCACCCGCGCCCCUGCUGCUCUGCUCAGCAACGAAAACGUCACUCUGCAGCUAUACGGCAACGACCUGUGUGUGCCCUACCGCCCUGCAGUCACCGCUGCCUGCUCGCCUCCUCUCGGCUUCAUGCAGUACCAGCCCCCUCCCAUUUGCAACGACCUCUCCUGCCCCUCUCUCUACGCGCCCAGCCCACCCCUGCUGGCGCUCACCAACGCCUGUGUGUGCGUCUCGCCGCUGGAGGUGGAGUUGAAGCUCACUGCGCCGCAAUCGCUAUUGUGUCAGUCACCGGUGGCGCCUGCUGGGGGAGGGGGCAUGACGACUGCUGCAAUCGUGGGCAUCGUGGUGGGAGGAGUGGUGCUCCUAGCUCUCAUUGCUCUGCUGCUCGUGUGGCUGCUGCUGCAAAGGAACAGAAACAGAGACCUGUGGAGUUCUGAAGACUACAAAGCAAUAGAGGGGCUGCAGGCUCUGGGGGUGCACCGGUGCAAGCUGAAGGAGAUAGCCGACGCCACCCAGGGGUUCAAGACGCUGCUGGGGGAGGGCGGAUACGGACAGGUGUACCGAGGAGUGCUCGAAAAUGGAGAUGUGGUGGCAGUGAAACGAGCCAAGGGGCAUGUGAAGCUAUGUGGCACUGAGUUCCGCAACGAGAUCCAGCUGCUGUCUGCCGUGCGUCACCGCAACUUGGUAGCGCUGAAAGGGUUCUGUGUGGAGGCGGGAGAGCAGCUGCUGGUGUAUGAAUUCAUCGAGAGGGGCACCUUGGAAGACAUGCUGAGAGCCAACUCGAAGCACCAGUUGACAUGGCGGCAGCGAGUCAACAUCGCAUGUGGGGCAGCCAGUGGGUUUGCGUACCUGCACCAUCAGAUCAAGCCCCCUAUUAUCCACCGCGAUGUGAAGACGGCCAACAUCCUAAUCACAGCAGAUCUCGAAGCCAAGGUGGCUGACUUCGGUAUUUCCAAGGCUGUACCUGAGGAGGCGGAGGGCGGGGGGAGGCUGGAGACGCAAGUGAAAGGCACUGUGGGCUAUUUGGACCCACAAUAUUUCCAAAGCGACCUGCUAACUGAGAAGAGCGACGUCUACAGCUUUGGAAUCGUGCUGCUAGAGCUGGCCACUGGCCUCCGCCCGGUGACCGACGGGGAGCACAUCAGACGGAUUGUGAUCGAUAGGGUUACCAACGAGGGCGGCGUGAACAGUGUCAUGGACCCGGUUUUGAAAGCCAUGUGGGAGAAGGGGAGCGGGGAGGGGGGAGGAGUGGGCGGAGGAGCAGGGGGGGGAGCAGGGGGGGGAACAGGGGGAGGAGAAGGGGGAACAGAGGGCGGAGGGGAAGGGAGAGGUGGUGGGGGAGGUGGAGAGGUGGGGAUGAGUGAGGGAAAGGCAAUGGAGGAGACGUGUGGAAGCGAGGCCUUGGAGGAGACGUUUGAGUGGUUUGUGCGGCUGGCAAUGCGGUGUAGCUUGAAGCAGGUUCAGAACCGACCGGACAUGCAGCAGGUUUUGAAGGAGUUGGAAGGGAUUAAGAGGCGGUUGAACUGGGUUUCUGCUUCCCGUGCUGCUGGUGCUGGUGAUGCUGGUGGCUCUGCUGCUCCUGGUGGUGCUGCUGCUGCCGGUGUUGCUGGUGUUGGUGGUGGUGAUAGUAACACGCGUGAGAAUGGCAAAGGGUACAAUAUAGAAGGGGAGCCUGUGUGUGCGUCCAAGUCACAAACGAGUGACAGGUUCUGGAAGGAGAUAGCUGCUGCGGCGUCAGGAGGGGCUGCAAGGGAGGAUUGGGGUGAGGAGGAUGAGGAUGAGGACGUUUCGUGGUAUGAGGAGCGAAUGAAGCUGCAAGGAGGGAAGGGUGGGACGUCGAGCAGCGGUGGGGAUGGGUUGAGUCCGGCAGUGACGUUCAGUGGGAGUGUGCAUAAAAGAGACGUGAAUCCCCGGUGA